GAAGAGAAAAAAGGCUGUCUUUGUUACAGAAAAAGAUAACUAGCUGCGGGGAGCAUGAAGAGAGUGAGAAUGGUCUGAUCAAAGUAAAGGAGGAGACUCAUGUGAGCCAAGGAGAGCAGAAGGGGCUUACAGUUAUUGACAGCCCAGAAAAGGGGAGGGAGCUUUUAGAAGCCUUGAAGGAUAUUAAGGAUCUUUUCAUUAGGGCUUACUAUUCAGGGAAGGAUGUCUCAAGAAUGCUAGAGGCUAAUACGGUUCAUUUGCAAUCUGGUUUGGAGGAAAUCAAAGAGAACUCAACUAAACUUAUCCAGGCUAUUACAUGGCAUCGGUCCACAUUGUCUAAGCCUCCAACUUGCAAGAGUCUUGUGGCUUCCAGUUCGAAAGGUUCUUCGGUAUGGACUGAAUAUAAGAAUGAUCUUUUUGAUGAAUAUGGAGGAAUGGAUUCAGGAAGCCAUUCGCUAACACUAGGAAGACUCUAUGCAUGGGAAAAGAAGCUUUAUGAAGAGGUUAAGGCUGGAGACUGCACACGGAAAAUCUACGAGAGAAAAUGUUCUCGACUGAGAAACCAGGAUGUGAAGGGAUAUGAUGAGCUAGCCAUGGACAAAACCAGAGCUGCAGUAAAGGAUUUAUAUGCUAGGAUCUUGAUUGCAAUUCGAAGUGCUGAAUCCAUCUCGAAGAGAAUUCAGAAAUUAAGAGAUGAAGAACUACAGCCUCAAAUUAUUGAACUGUUAAAAGGCCUAACACGAAGCUGGAAAGUUAUGCUUGAAUCCCACGAAACCCAAAACAAGAUCCUUUUGGAAGUGAAAUCUUUUGCCUGCCCCACAUAUGGAAAAUUCUGCAAUGAUUCUCACCGACUUGCUACGCUUCAGCUCGAGGCUGAGCUUCAAAAUUGGCGUGCUUGCUUUAAAGAGUAUGUUGCAGCUCAAAGAGCAUACAUUGAAGCUCUUCAUGGUUGGCUAACCAAGUUCCUGGUCCCUGAAGUUGAAUUCUAUUCCAGAGGACGGAGUUCUGCUGCGCCAUAUGGAGCUAACGGACCUCCACUUCUUGUGAUAUUCUAUCAUUGGUUAAGUUCCAUGGAGGAGUUGCCAGAUAAGGCAGUCACCUUCUCAUUGAAAUGCUUCUCCAAGGAUGUAAGGGCUCUGUGGGCUCAGCAAGGGGAGGAACAGCAACAGAAGAGGAAAGUCGAUGGUAUGGCAAAAGAACUAGACAGAAGGACUAUGGCAUUCCAGAAGGCAGAAACCAGGUUUCUGGAGUCCAAGCUUACAGAUCAUAAAUCCGAACCAGAGAUGGAACAGCGGAAUGAAUAUCUGACAGAGAAGAAGGAUCAGUUGGAUAUGUUCGGAAAGAGGUUGGAUGUGGAAAGGGAGAAACACCACAAACACAUGCAAGAAACACAAAGAAUCAUCUUAAAUGGAUUUCAGACAGGAUUUUCUGCUGUUUUUGAGUCCUUAAUCGGAUUCUCCAGCGCUUCUUUAAAGAUGUACAAUGACCUCAUCACUCGAAGUGAAAACGCUGAAAAAGAUGGGAACCUAUCAUAUAUAGAGGGCUCCCAGGUUGAGGAAAACGGCAGCAGAUGACAGAAAGUGAACAAAGAGUUUUAAGAAUCUGAGGUUAAUGGUUUCUGCCUUUCUGUAGUCUACUUUGUAUAUUACAUCAUGUCGAAGCAGCUCGCUGAGACAAAUUUAUUUAUGUUUCUGUGUUUUCGUUUCUGAUGAAUAGAUAAUUGUUCAUUAUCACUAGAUUUCUAAUGUCUGCUGAAAAUUAUUUUGCGAGAUCUUUAAAUUUUCGGGUUUCCUAUUCUUUUCUGGUUAG